UAUUGGUUGGUUUAGAAGAGUACAAUGAUAAACUGUUUAUAUUUUAUUUCUGUUCUGUAUUCUGUAGCGUAACAGUGUAAUGUGAUAAUUGUCGCCACCCGCUGAUUACUGACGUUGGCCGUAUGCUGUGAUUGUUGUCUGUCGAGUGUUAUAAGUGUAGUGUAGGAUACAAAUACAUUGGCUCAGAAAGUGAGACCUUGUCACUGCAGAAGGUUAUUGGUAAUUUCUAUACUUUGUUUUAAUUUAAAUGAGAGUGAAAUUAUACUCCAUACAAGUGAAGAAUUCUAAAUAAUCUAUUUUUUUUAAGUGUCUGUCUUUUUUCUGGUGGCUCAAAUAAUUUCAAAAGUACAACAAUAUAACGAACACUAUGAAUACUUUUAGAGCCAUAAUUUUAGGAGCUCCUGGGUCUGGGAAAGGUACUAUAUCUGCAAGGAUUGUUAGAAAAUUCGACAUAGUUCAUGUGUCAAGUGGAAAUCUUUUAAGACAGAAUAUAGCUAUUGGUUCAAAAUUAGGAUUGGAAGCAAAAAAAUACAUAGACGCUGGUAAAUUGGUACCUGAUGAAAUUAUGUUUAAUGUCAUCACAAGUGAGCUCAAGAAAUACUCAAAAGAAAAUUGGUUGUUAGAUGGUUUUCCUCGAACUAGAAAUCAAGCCGAGAAGCUAUAUGAAAGAGAACCUGUCAAUGUUGCAAUUAACCUUAUUGUACCAUUUGAUAUCAUUAUUGAACGAAUUAAAGGUAGGUGGAUCCAUCUACCCAGUGGCCGAGUAUAUAACACUGACUAUAAUGCUCCUAAAGUUCCAGGAAAAGAUGAUGUUACAGGUGAGCCAUUAAUUCAAAGGAAAGAUGAUCAGCCAGAAGCAGUUCAAAAGAGACUUGAAGUUUAUGAAGCAACUUUCAACCCUAUUCUUGAAUUUUACAAAAGUGAGGGAAUAUUGGAAGAGUUUAAAGGGAAGACGUCUGACGAAAUUUGGCCUUACGUAUUUAAACUUUUAUCUACACACCUUACGCCUGAGGUUCAAGAAAGCAUAUUACAACUACAGAUUAUAAAAAAGAAGAUAGCGGGAAAAGAUAAAUAUGUUUCAAGAAAUUAAACAAUAAAACAUGAGUUUUUAGUCAAAACCAAAAUUGUGGAAAUUGCACCAUCUGUAACAUUGUAAAUUAACUUAAUAAAUGUUUAACAUGAGUGUUUUGUAUCGAUUAUACCAGUAGUUUACUAAACAAAGUUUUGAAUUCUUUUCUAUCACAGUGAAUUUUAAUUCAUGAGUAGUGCCUUAUAUUGUCUGGUGAAGUACCUGGUUCUACUUUAUUUCAUGAAAAAUUGUCUAUAUUCUUAUCAAAUAUUUUGUCUAUUCACCCACAAAUUGGUAAAAUCUUUGAUUUAUAAUUAGUUUCAUUCCAAUGACCAUUCACUAACAUAUUUGACAGUAAGGUAUAUAUAUAUUGUGCCCUUGUCUCGCUGGUGUCUAAAUUUAUCUUGCAGCUCCUGUGGCAAGUGGGAAUUUAUUUGUUUUAAACACUUACUUCUCUUGUGUAAAAGUUUGAACUUUUACACAAGAGUAUUUUUUGAACCAUGUAUUUUUUGUUAUACCUUGAGAGAUACUGUUAGCUUUAAAAUUAAAAAUGUAAAAUAGAAAUAUAAUAGUAAUAGUACUAUUCUUUUAACAACACUAGCAAAUUUGACAAAUCUGUUACGAUCUAAAUCAAAAUGGUCUCUUGUGAAUAGACUUUUUCACAUACGUUCAAUAGUUUUACACAUUGACACUAUUGUAUAUUACCAUUGCAAAGGCAAACAAAUGUAACUAUCGGUUGGAAACUCUUAAUUUUCUCUGAAUAAGUAUGCUGUAAUAAUAGUAAUAUUUGAUCAAAACUGUCAAUUUUUAACAUUUGAGGGGUAAUAUGUGCAAUGCAUUAUUGAUGAUUCUUUUUCAACAUUAUUCCAAUACAAUUUAUAUUAACUUCAUUACAAUUAUUCCAUUUCAUAAUAGUCUAGUUCAAUUAUUUACUGUUUUAUCACAUCAUUGCAGAUAAAUUAUUAGUACCUUUUGAUUCUAAUUCAAAAGUCAUUGAAUAUUUUUUUUUUAUUCAAGCUAAAUAAUAUUUAGCCAGACCUCUAUUAUUUGCAAGUUUCAAUAAAGUUUAACAACUUAUAAGAUUGAAGUAUACAGGCAUUUCUCACCACGAAGUUCAAUGUCUUAUCAAUAGUAUUUUGUUGUACUUUGAAAUAUGGAUCUUGUAACAGAAACUGUAUUGCGUAAUUCUAAUCUGUAGCAGAAGACAUUCAGUUUUUGUGUUUUAAAGUUCAUGUUUGUUUUUGUUAUUUGUGAUGAGUGGGUGUAGACUUAGUGAACUUUGACUGCAGUAUUAGUUAAUUAAUGUUAACUUUAGAUAUGUUAUCAGUAUUGGAUGUGGAAUUCUACCAUGGCUAAAUAUAUUUUCUUAUUUCAGUUUUUAUUUUUUUAAGUCUACACUAAAUGUACUUAAAUUUAUAAUACAAAAGUAGUAUUGAAAAAUAAAGAGUAAAUAUUACAAGAAUAACACAUUUUCACCAAUUAAAUGUGCAAAUAUAAAAUUAAUUGGGAUUUUUAUAACCUUAAAUGAAAACAUGAUUUUAAAAUUCUGAAAUAAAACCUAAUUUAGUAAAACAAAAACUGAAUAUGAUUACUUUCUAAAUUUUCAAAAAUUGUGUAUAUUUAAAGAAACAUUUCUGCACCCACUUAUGUAUGCCUAUUAGGUGUGUAUGUUUUCCUAUGUAGGUGUUGAAAAUUUAAAGUGAACAAUUAUUUCCUUCAUUUAGUUAAUGUUUUUGUUAUGUUUACUGUUAGCAUAUUAUCUAAUAUACAUUGUAUAAAUAUAUUCAUCUCAUUGAACAAAUACAAGUGAGAAGCACAACUAAAAUCCCUAAGAUUGUUAUAAGCUUUACUACUAUAGUAUUUAUUUUACUAGGAAAUGUUCUUUAUAUAACUAGUUAUUUGUGUGUUGUUACUUGCAUAUAUUUGUUAGUUAACUAAUAUUAAACAAACAAUUAUAUUAAUUGAUUUUUGCAAGACUUUA